GUCCGGUUCGGCUGGGUGACCGGCGUGAUGAUCCGGUGCAUGCUCAACAUCUGGGGUGUGAUCCUAUAUCUCCGGCUGCCUUGGAUCACAGCCCAGGCUGGGAUAGGGCUGACAUGGCUCAUCAUCCUCAUGUCGGCUGUAGUCACCACGAUCACCGGCCUGUCCAUCUCCGCCAUCUCCACCAAUGGCAAGGUGAAGGCAGGGGGCACCUACUUCUUGAUCUCGCGCAGCCUGGGCCCCGAGCUGGGCGGCUCCAUCGGGCUGCUCUUCUCCUUCGCCAAUGCUGUGGCUGUGGCUAUGCAUGUGGUGGGCUUCGCCGAGACUGUGCGUGACCUGCUGCUGGAGUUUGACGCGGUGAUGACAGACCCUGUGAAUGACAUCCGGAUCGUGGGCGUCAUCACGGUGACAGUGUUGCUGGGCAUCGCGCUGGCUGGCAUGGAGUGGGAAGCCAAGGCCCAGGUUGUCUUUUUCUUUGUCAUCAUGGUCUCCUUCAUCAACUACUUCGUGGGGACCCUGAUUCCAGCCACAGAGGAGAAAAUGUCCAAAGGCUACUUCAGCUACCGAGGGGACAUCUUCCUGGAGAACAUCGGGCCAGAGUGGCGGGGCGAAUCGGGCAACUUCUUUGGCAUGUUCUCCAUCUUCUUCCCCUCAGCCACUGGUAUCUUGGCUGGCGCCAACAUCUCAGGCGACCUCAAGGACCCCGCAGUGGCUAUCCCCAAGGGCACCCUGCUGGCCAUCUUCUGGACCACGCUUUCCUACCUGGCCAUCUCAGCUACCAUAGGGUCAUGCGUGGUGCGUGAUGCGUCCGGGAGUCUGAACGACACACUGGGCUCCCCCAACACCACGGACGGCUGCCUGGGCCUCGGGUGCGGCUACGGCUGGAACUUCACCGAGUGUGCCCAGCCCGGCACCUGCAAGUACGGGCUGGCCAACAACUACCAGACCAUGAGCAUGGUGUCUGGCUUCAGUCCCCUCAUCACGGCUGGGAUCUUCGCCGCCACCCUCUCCUCUGCCCUAGCCUGCCUGGUCUCAGCCCCCAAGGUCUUCCAGUGCCUGUGCCAAGAUAAGCUGUAUCCCAUCAUCGGCUUCUUUGCCAAGGGCUAUGGCAAGAACAACGAGCCGCUUCGGGGCUACAUGCUCACUUUCAUCCUGGCCAUUGCCUUCAUCCUCAUCGCUGAGCUCAACACCAUCGCCCCCAUCAUCUCCAACUUCUUCCUUUGCUCCUAUGCCCUCAUCAACUUCAGCUGCUUCCAUGCCACAAUCACCAACUCCCCAGGCUGGCGACCUUCUUUUCGCUACUUCAGCAAGUGGAGCGCCCUCUUUGGGGCCGUGGUCUCCGUGGUCAUCAUGUUCCUGCUGACCUGGUGGGCGGCCCUCAUUGUGGUGGGCAUUAUCCUGGUCAGCUUGGCCUAUGUCAGCUACAAGAAGCCAGAUGUCAACUGGGGCUCCUCUGUGCAGGCCGGGACCUACAGCAUGGCCCUGUCCUACUCUGUCAGCCUCACGCAAGUGGAGGAGCAUGUCAAGAACUUCCGCCCCCAAUGCCUGGUGCUGACGGGUCCCCCCAGCUUCCGGCCAGCUCUGGUGGAUUUUGUCGGCGCCUUCACCAAGGGGGUCAGCCUCAUGAUCUGUGGGAACCUGCAGGACACCCCAGGGGACCGCGACUCAGAGGAGCACGUCGAGUGGCUGAGCAGGCGCAAGGUGCGAUCUUUCUACACCCUCAUCACAGCCCCAGACCUGCGCAGCGGAGCCCGUAGCCUCAUGCAGGUGUCCGGGCUGGGGCGUCUCAAACCCAACACGAUCGUGCUGGGCUACAAGCAGAACUGGCAGACGGACUUGCCCCACAACCUGGAGAACUACGUGGCCACCAUCCACGACGCGUUCGACGGCCGGGCUGGGGUGUGCGUGUUGAGAAUGAAGGACGGAUUGGAUGUGUCACGGACGGUGCGGGCCUAUGGUAACGUGAAGGUGCUGGGCGCGGACGAGCUCACUGAGACCCACUUCCAGGCCCAGCAGAAGAAGAGAUGUGUGGACGUCUACUGGCUCUUUGACGAUGGGGGGCUCACCCUGCUGGUCCCCUACCUGCUGAGCCGCCGCAAGCGCUGGAGCCGCUGUCGCGUCCGGGUCUUCGUCAGCGGCCACCUGGGCAGUGCCGAGCAGCAGCGCCAGGAGAUCCAGUUGCUGCUCAGCAAGUUCCGCCUGGGUUUCAGCGAGGUGCUGGUGCUGCCCCACGCGGCCUGGCAGCCAGAGGAGAGCAGCCUGAAGGAGUUUGAGGACCUGGUGGCUCCAUUCCGGCUCAACGAGGGGCAGCGCAGCCCUGAGGCCACAGAGGCCUUGCGGAGGGAGACACCCUGGAAGGUGUCAGAUGAGGAUCUGCGGGUCUACAGGAAAAAGUCAGAGCAGCAGGUCCGACUCCAUGAAAUCCUGCAGGAGAAUUCCCGGAACGCCGCCCUGAUCGUCAUGAGCCUGCCUGUGGUGCGCAAGGGGGCCUGUCCCAGUGCCCUCUACAUGGCCUGGCUGGAGACCCUGUCCCGGGAUCUGCGUCCACCUGUUGCCUUCAUCCGGGGCAACCAGCAGGAUGCCCUGACCUUCUACUGCCAGUAGGGGGCUCUGCAAGCUUAGCCCGAGGGAGUAGCCUGGAAACCUGGGUUCCUUCCCCAGCAGUGCAGCAGCAGCCCCAGCCCAGCCCAGCUGGAUGGAUCAUGGCCCCCGGCUGGGCAGGG